CCGGCUGCUGCCGCGCCCCGGCGCUGUCAUCCCGGGGCGGGGCCUGGUCCCCAGCUGUGGUAGCUUCCUAAGCGGCGGGGGCUGAGCCGGCGGCGCCCAGAUGCGGCCGCGGCGGCGCGGAGCUCGGGCGGCUGUGGAGGAGCCCAGCCUCGGCCGCAGGAGGCGCGGGGAGCAGAGCCGCCGGGAGUCGCGCAACAGGUUUCCUUCCCCAUCGCGGCGCCCACAGGGGACGCGCGCCCUGCAGGGAGAGAGGCUUCUCAGUUCGCGCUCUCGUUCCGGGUCCAGGCAAAAUGAAAGACCGGCUAGCAGAACUUCUGGACUUGUCCAAGCAAUAUGACCAGCAGUUCCCAGACGGGGACGAUGAAUUUGACUCGCCCCACGAGGACAUCGUGUUCGAGACGGACCACAUCCUGGAGUCCCUGUACCGAGACAUCCAGGACAUCCAGGAUGAAAACCAGUUGCUGGUGGCCGACGUGAAGCGCCUGGGAAAGCAGAACGCCCGCUUCCUCACGUCCAUGCGGCGCCUCAGCAGCAUCAAGCGCGACACCAACUCCAUCGCCAAGGCCAUCAAGGCCCGGGGCGAGGUCAUCCACUGCAAGCUACGCGCCAUGAAGGAGCUGAGCGAGGCCGCCGAGGCCCAGCACGGCCCGCACUCAGCGGUGGCGCGCAUCUCGCGGGCGCAGUACAACGCGCUCACCCUCACCUUCCAGCGCGCCAUGCACGACUACAACCAGGCCGAGAUGAAGCAGCGCGACAACUGCAAGAUCCGCAUCCAGCGCCAGCUGGAGAUCAUGGGGAAGGACGUCUCGGGUGACCAGAUCGAGGACAUGUUCGAGCAGGGCAAGUGGGAUAUGUUCUCCGAGAACCUGCUGGCCGAUGUAAAAGGCGCGCGGGCCGCCCUUAACGAGAUCGAGAGCCGCCACCGCGAGCUGCUGCGCCUGGAGAGCCGCAUCCGCGACGUACAAUUGAUUAUCAUUAGGGAAUGA